AUGAAAAGGCCUCUUUCCCCGGGACCAAGUGCUUCGUUGCCGAAGAGAGUCAAAGUGGAAUCUUCUUGUGAAAACUCACGCUUCGUCGAAGAAGAUAAUGAGGUUGGCUUCCAGGAGAAUGAUGGUUGGGGAUUCAGGACAUGGCAAAACAACGAGACAAAAAAUCCAUUCAACAUCGAUAAUUUGUCUCAGAGUUUCAGCCAUGCUUCUGGAAAUGAAGAUGUCAAGUACGAUACAACAUAUCUCAACGCACAGUACGAAAUCCACCAAAUUCAGGAAGCGACUAAAAACAAUUCGCAUAGUGCGCAACAAAGCAUGCACCCUCGUCGACUAGAACAAUCCUCACCGUGCCCGGACACCCGGCCUUGGUCUCCAGAAUCUCUCACGCGACUUGCGUCCUCGUCUCCAUGUCGCAGACGUCAUUCUAGACCACCGCCUAGAUUGUGCAAAGGUCGCAGGCGCUCGACACCACCGCCACCACCUCCUCCAUCAGCACCACGAAUGGAGUUAUUGUCAUCGCCUCCUGGCGCGACACCGCCACCGUUAUUACAUUCGAGCCCACGACCAUCCCACCUUGUCGAUAUUGAGGUGGUAUACCAGCAAGGUACUCGAAACAUUCUGAGUCUUGGAGAAAAUGAGUUCGCCUACUUGGACAACAUUGUUGUACCAUCUCCAUCUGACGACGUUUUCAACACUCCACCAUCGCGAAGAUACUCGCUAUCCAGAAUCGUCAAGAGGAAAUGUGAUAACGAAUCUACUUCGAUACCCGUGGACAACCCAGCGAAAGGCCCAAUCUCGAAGUGGACUGUUGUGGCACGAAAGGGGCAAGAAGAGCUGAUAGGAUACCCCUGUAACGACUUCAGAUUUCGUACGGAGAAGCACGAUGUCCUUGGUUCUUGGGACGAGAUGGGAAAUAUCAAGGACAUUGAUGGUAACAUUGUAAGAUGA